ACACACACACACACACACACACAUUUGAGCUUUUGUUCUGUUCCUUCUUCUCCCAAGCGUUUUGUCCGACGUGUAGCUUCGGGUGCGGCCGCUGUUGGUCCGGGUUGGCUGUGGUUGGUGCUUGGUGGUGACAUCAUUGCCACAUUUCUUGCAGCCGUGCUCUGUGUCUGCACUGGGCGCGCUUUUGUCUUUGUGUGCGUGUGUUGUCAAAGCCGUUAUUGCUUGAGCGGACUUUCUUUUCUUUCUUGCUGUCGAACGUUGAGCCAGCCACUGAUUCAUUUUCCACACUUCCCUCUCUCUCGCGCACACAACGUGUCAAGUCUGCCAAGCACACUGUCGCUCCCGUGCCCUGCCACCAUCACCUGCUGUGCCCAGAUCCCAUCGCACGACCCGCUGCCCCCCUUCCCUUCCCUUGUCCCUUCUCCGCCUCCUCCUUUUCUCCCUUCAGCACCACCAAGCAUGUCUCGCACCAACGAAGAUGUGAACGUGUCACCGAGCGUGGGCCCCGCUGAGCCAUCCAGCCCCCGAGUGGAAGCCAAGCCAAGCACCCCUGCCGACGUGCAUGCAAGCACGCAAGGCAACGGCCGCCGCCCGGCCAACCCGCCGCCACCAAGGCCCACCCGCAGCCGCGCCUCCCUGCCCACGCAAGCUUCGGCACAGUUCUCGUUUGAGGACGAACCUGCUGGCCAAGGCGGAGACGGGCGCCCGCGCAUGCCAGCAACCCACUCCGUCCCUGCCCUGCUCGGCGCCAGCACAACAGCCACGGGGGCGGUGCAGCGGGACCUCGAGCAGCGGCGGGUGUCGUCCUCCUCUGUCGCGUCCCGCAGCGAAUCUGCAUCCCCAACGGCACUCGCGCAGCUCUCCGACUUGGCCAGUGACGACGACGACGACGGGGGCGACGAUUUCGCCAUUGCUGUGCAGGUGCAGCAAGGCUCGCAGGUGGAUGCAUGCAUGCACGGCACGAUAGCCCUUGGAGCCACCACUGCUGGUGAGCACAAUGGUGCUCCUGAUGCCUCUGCGGAUGGCGCUGCUACGACCACGUCGCUUGCCGCCAGUGGUGUCGCUCUCUCGACCAUCACCACUGCCAGUGAUGCUGCCACUCAAACAAGUCGUGUCGCCAAUCCCAGCCCUGCGGUCGCUGGCACUGCCUCCACCACCACCACCACUGCUGAUGAUGCGGCCUCAAGCCCUACCGCCGUCGAUUCCCUUUCGGCCAUGGACGCCAUCGCCACGCCUGUCCUGUCUCCCGUCAUUGACACCCCACCCACCUCCACCUCGACCAUCACGCCCCGCCCCACCCCAGCCACCACCAGCACCACCAACGCUACGAUGACCACCAACGCUACGAUGACCACCAACACGACAGCCACCACCCCGUACCCUGUGCGGGACAUUGAGAUUGUCGGGGUAAGCGGCACCGUGGGAGCCGUUGAUCAGCAGCCAGCGCGUGCUCUCCGCCGCAACGCCGCCUCCCUCCAUCUCCAGCAUAUGAACACCUCGUCCGCGCUGGGCGUUGGGAGCGGGCGCUUUACACCUGGCUCGCCUCUGCCGCAAGCACACGAGCACGUGUUUGUCUUCCCGGGUGACAAUGAUGACCACAACAACCAGCAGCAGCAGCAGCAACAGCAGCAGCAGCGGGGCCCUGGUGGCGGGCACCACGAGCACGGCGCCGUUGACGGCAACCACCACGAUGACGCCAUUCGCCUGCGCAACGACAGGUUUGUUGCGGCUGUGCUGCGGGUGCUGGCCCCGCUGGUGUCGCUUGGCCGCCACGUGCCCGUACGCCGGCUGCCCGAGCUUGUUCGCCACGCGUCUCUGGCCCGCCGUAACCGCGGUGGCGCCAACCCCGCGCCCAUGAUGGCUGAUGGUGUGGCCCUCAUCCCGCCAGACAGCGACAACAACGGCAACGAUGGCGAUGGCGAGCAGCACAUGUUUGACAACCCGCUCGCCAAUGGCGGCCCUGGCAAUGGUGCUGAGAACGGGGCAGUGCCGCCGCCCAACAGCCCACAGCAGCAACGCCGCCGCCGCCGCCGUGAGCGCGCGUACGUUCGCAUCGGCACGCGGCUCAAGGGCGCCUGGGUCAGCCGCAAACGCUGAGGAGUGGCAGUGAGGGGACGCGCACGUGCGGAUGGAUGAAGGCAGCAAGAGCUGUCGCUGAGGUGUCGUGUUGGUGUUUUGUCAAGUUGAGGUCGAUCGAUGAAGCGAUCUCGGUGGUGGUGGUGGUGGUCGAUGGUGGCCGGUCCACUGUCACGGUAUCUGACAACAACAUGGCCGUUGUGUGCUCCCCGUCCCCCGCCCCUCUUUGUUCCGUGUGCACGUGUGCGUGUAUCCAUGUGCUCGCCCAUUCUUCCACUUUCAAGUCUUUUUCUCCUUCAAUCAAAGUUGCUGCCAUUGUUAUGGCGGCUGUGGGUGCUGGCCUUGCCUGAUGUUAUCUUCUCCAUGCGUUUGUUUGUGAAACGUCAUUUCACAGGCUUGUUUCCACACAAUCAACUGUUUCUUCCCUUUCUUUUCACAUGACAUCAUUUGUCCUACUUGUCUCGUGUCUUCUUUCGUCACGGCCCUCCUUUUGAGUUGCCUUUCGCCCGAGCGUAUCGGUGGGUACCAGAUGCGCUUUCAUUGCUUGUUUCGUUCCCUUCCCCCCCCCGCCACUCCUUCUCCUCGCUCUUACCUGAACCCGCUUCACUGCUG